AUGGGAGCUGGGGGAUCCGUCGAAGCUCUUCCAGGCGCGAAGAAACUGCAGUGCUUUGUCGCGAUGAAAGCAUUCAAUCUUCGCCACGCUGCAUCCAAGAGUCUGGAUCAGCAAUUUCAGAACCUACGUCGCCACGACCGAGAGACGGGCGCCGACUUCAUGGAUUGCGACGAGCUGUGCGGAUAUUUGCAGAUUCCCUUGCCACGCAAGGAAGCCCUUGUCCGAUUGUUCAAUGUCCAAGCAGAUAAUCGUGUGGGAUAUGCCGACUUUGUGAGAUUCGUCGAGUACACGACGCCAUUGCACGCGCCACCUAGAUUGGAACCUCCGACGCCAUCCACUUUUGAAAACGACAUGUUGCCCCAACCAAGCAAGAACCAGAGGUCUCCGCCCAAAGAGAACCAACUGGCACUCUUGACCACCCUUACCAAGCAGCAAGCGACUGGUGGGGCGCCCGUGCUCACGCCAGGGCUGUGGAAAAAGCGCGAAAUUACCAUCCAAGAGCGGAUUGUCGAGUACACGAAGAUCGACGACCAAGGCAAUCCACAGCAUCUCAUUGAAAAGGAAAAGCACCAACACGAGAUCAUUCACAUGGAGUCGACGACGGGCGAGUUCGCCCACCGCGAGAUCACGUACUUCGAGCAGUCGGAAGAGCUCAACAAGGAAAUUGUCCACCUUGACAGCGGUAAGGAAGAGUUCGUCCACUUGAAGUCCAAGGACGACGAGAUUUCGCAUUUCGAGUCGUCGAUGCCACAGUCUCGCCAGCCAGAAGCGUGUGAGCAGUCGCCGCCGUCACCAACCAUCAAAAGAGACUCGAGUCAAUGUCCGAUGGAGCCCGAGACACACGAUUACCAAUGA